AUGACCAUAUCAACAAGAACUCUCGUACAAAUUGCUGGAUGGGGAGGUGUUGUAGUUGGUACCACCGGAAUAUACUUACAAUACCGUUUAAUUGAUAACGUGCGAAGCUACGAUUACUAUAAGAAUGCAUUGAAAAAGUUACGGGCUCAUGCAGGCGCUGUUCAUUACUUAGGAGAACCCAUUAAAGAUAAAAGGUUCAAAUUAACUGACAAGGAAAAUAAUUUUUCAGAUGGCAAAGAUGCUAGAUUCCGUAUACCAGUAACUGGCCCUAAGGAUAAAGGUGUUUAUUAUUUUUGGGCAGUGAGAGAAAAUAACGAGUGGACAAUCACUAGAGCUGAGUUAGAAUUAAAGUCAAAACCAGAAGCUAGACUCAUUAUUGUAAUGUAA